UUUAAGCCUGAGACGCAUUAGAACAGUCUCCAGGAAACCAUUAUAUACAUAUAAAACACACACAUGAAGAAGAAAAUGUAUGAAUGAUAUGAAACAACCACAGACUGUUAUCAUACAAUAUUUGGAUAAAUAACAGGAGAAACUGGUCUGGCAGCUCAGUCUUCAGGUUUUUUUUCAUAUGUGAAGCAAUAAAUGCAAGAUGAAAACAGACGACAAACUUCAGAUCCUGAAAUUCUUCUUUAUGCUUGUCAAUGCCUUCUUUGUGAUUCUUGGCAUCAGCAUUUUUGCCUGUUCGGCUUGGAUUUUAUUUGAUCAGGACAGCUUUGUAAGUGUUCUCAGCUCUGGACAGGAGGUAAAGGUGGUGGCCGGGGGGCUCUUUUUCAUCGGCCUUGUCGUGGUUGGUGUGUCCUUGCUGGGUUGUGCCGGAGCCUAUUUUGAGAGCAGAUGCUUCAUCAUAUUUUAUCUGUCCUUAUUAAUUGUCAUCAUACUGGGUCAGAUUUUCAUCACCUUUGUGCUAUUAAUACGAAGAAAGACGAUUGAGCAGUUUUUGAGGGAUAAAGUGGACGACAUCAUUAAGCAGUACGGAGGAGACGAAAGCCAAACAUCCUGGAAACUUCUAGACAGCGUCCAGACCUCUGCCCGGUGCUGUGGUAGACUGAACUCAAACGAAUGGAGGAAUAACACAGUUAUUGUAUCCCUGGGGGGGACCGACAUCUACCCCUGCUCCUGUUUCAAUGGUACCUGCCCUGUAAUCCUGGAAGGGACUCACAGUUUUGGAAACGGUUCAGACGUUUUUGAAAGGGGCUGUGAGGAGACUCUUGUCAACUGGCUAGAGAUGAAUAUAAUGGUAAUAUUUGGAAUGGAUGUUGCACUUCUUUUGAUUCAGAUUGUGCAGUUUAUCUUUGCCGUUCAAACCUUCAAAUGCAUCGGCCGCAAGACAAGAGAACUGCAACCCACCAAUCUACUGAACGCCAUGGAGGAAAACCCUGCAGCGGAGCCCGAUCAAGAGCAGUACAGUCUAGAAAAUCAGCAAAUCGACGAUCAAACCUAUAACCCUCAAACUGACGACGGCUACUAUCAACAUGUCGGAGAUGAUGGUGGGGAUUAUGAUGACCAAUAUAACAACCCAGAAUAUUUCCACCAGGACGACAGUCAAAUGCACAAUACACCUGCAAUUCUCCAACACCAACACAGCUACAGCUAUGAUGAUCAAGCAUACACACGACACCAGAACUACCAACAGACCUACAGUCCUGAUGAUUACUGAAGCCAGAUUUCUUUUCUCAUGUAACAUGAUCAGACUGGGAUGGGCUAAUUUGAGGUUUUAAAAAUAGCAUGCCAUACAAAGAGCGGGCUGUGGUCUGCGCCAUGACCAAAACCUUCUUCUAAGACCAUUGUUUUGCUUCAGCGAGUUCAGGUUAGUGUCUGUUUCCCAGGAGUGUCAUUUGUCAUUUUAAAAGACAUUCAUUCCAGACUUCAAAAACUAAAACACAUUUCUGUAGAAGGCACAGCUCAGGGUUUGAUGACAGACAAGUAACCCGAUUUCUGAGCCAGUUUUAGCAGUUUCUAUUUUAUUUUAAUGCCCCAUGACAAGUUUACAGGUGCUGUAUAAAUGAAAAUGGAAUUAUAUAAAAACACUGACCUGAAAUCAUAAUCAAUACAACAUUUAAUGCCUUCCACUAAUUUUGGCACCUUUGGUAAACAUGAAAAUAGUUUAUGGUUUAAACUUUCGAUCUUCUGCUCAAAUUAUUAGCCAAAAAUGAAGAUGAUGGAGUAAAUUUACUAGAAAACCUUUGAAACUUGAUGUUAGAUUGUGGUUUUGGAGACUUUCUUAGACUUUCAAGACCAAACAAACUCUCUAACUAAUUCUCCAGCUAUGAUUCUUGGAGAUUUUUUGGUAACACUUUACAAUAGCAGUACAUGUAUAAUGAUGCAUUAAUAUGUAAGCUAAACAUUGCUUCAUUAAGAAUUAAUAAUGAGU